CCGUUGCGCGCACAUGCGUAGUGGGGCGGCGGAUGUUUACGGCGGCAGAGGUCGGGGCGGCGCAGCCGGGCCACGGACGGGCGAGGGGCGCCCGAGGAGCUCCAGGUCGCGGCCUAGGCAGCCCGAUCUCGCGGGCCGGCCGAGCCCGGAGUGUUGCCUAAGUGUGAUCUUGAAGAUGGGAGGUGCUGUGAGUGCCGGUGAGGACAAUGACGAGCUGGUAGACAAUUUGAAAGAAGCACAGUACAUCCGAACAGAGCUGGUCGAGCAGGCUUUCCGAGCUAUCGACCGCGCAGAUUAUUACCUUGAAGAAUUUAAAGAAAAUGCUUAUAAAGAUUUGGCGUGGAAGCAUGGCAACAUCCACCUCUCGGCUCCAUGCAUCUACUCGGAAGUGAUGGAGGCCCUGGACCUGCAGCCGGGGCUCUCCUUCUUGAACCUGGGCAGUGGCACUGGCUACCUCAGCUCCAUGGUGGGGCUCAUUCUAGGCCCUUUUGGUGUGAACCAUGGGGUUGAACUGCAUUCGGAUGUAAUAGAGUACGCAAAGGAGAAGCUGGACUUCUUCAUUAGAACCAGCGACAGCUUUGACAGAUUUGACUUCUGUGAACCUUCCUUUGUUACUGGCAAUUGCCUGGAGAUUUCUCCAGAUUGUUCUCAGUACGAUCGUGUGUACUGUGGGGCCGGUGUGCAGAAAGAGCAUGAAGAGUACAUGAAGAGUCUUCUCAAAGUAGGGGGCAUCCUUGUCAUGCCCCUGGAAGAGAAGGUCAGAUCCCUCUCAUAACUGACACGCUUAACUAUUGGCCGAGGUCUGUUCUAAGAAGUUUCCGUUUAUUUUUCCUUGUAUUCCUCAUGACACCUCCCUCCGUUUCACAAAUGAGGACACAGGCGGGGACAGGUUAUAAAGACAGCCUAGCUUGGGCCAGGGCCUGACUCAGGUAGGCACCCUGGAGCCUGCACUGUAAGCCCUUACCCUCACCUCCUUUCUGUCUCCUCCUCUCUCCCUUCCUCUCUCCCACCUCCCUCCCCUCCUCCACAGCUAUUCUAGUAUGCUUAUUCUAUUGUUAGAAAUUAUAUGUAAGGGGCGCCUGGGUGGCACAGCGGUUAAGCGUCUGCCUUCAGCUCAGGGCGUGAUCCCGGCGUUAUGGGAUCGAGCCCCACAUCAGGCUCCUCUGCUGGGAGCCUGCUUCUUCCUCUCCCACUCCCCCUGCUUGUGUUCCCUCUCUCGCUGGCUGUCUCUAUCUCUGUCAAAUAAAUAAAAUCUUUAAAAAAAAAAAAAAGAAAUUAUAUGUAAAAGCCAUUAGAGUAUUUCUGAUACGACUGUUAAAUUCUGUGACAGCGAGCAUUCUACAAAUCUCUUCCUUAGGAAGAACCUUGUCUCAGUCUGCUGUCUGGUCGUGCAUGUCUCUGUAUGUUGUAGCUGUUGUGCUUCAUUGAGAAAAACAAGUUGUAAUAAACAAGCAGAUUAAUCAGACCUGAACUGGUCAUCAGGGAGAAUGUCUUAGUCACAAAGAACUAGGAAAUGGAUAUGAUAAAAAGUAGGAGAGUGUGCAUUUUGUGUGAUUUUUCUGCAAUUUAAAAAUGUUAGCAUUUAAUUUACUUUGCUUAGAAAGUAAUCAUUCAUUGUUGAAAAUCCAGAACAUAGGAAAAUUAAGAAAACUGCUCAGAAGCCUCACCUUAAGCACUGUUACUGCAGGUUCUUGUCGUUUGUGCCCUUUUCCAAGAAGGUCGUUGUGCGGACGCUUUAGAAGUUACGGUGUUUUACUUAAUUGAUGAGAUAGUUUUAAGCCAUUUAACAUUUCCUAUCAUUAUAUCGAGCGAUUAUAUAGUAACCUGUGGAAUUGUUGACAAUAGUGUAUCCUCUGGUUCCUGGAAUUGGGCAUGAGGCUGUGUGUAUAAUAUUCUGUGAUUUACUGUUUUAUGCAGACUGUAGUGAAUAUUGCUAAGUAAAACAAAAUUUUUAUCCAUAAAUAUUUCAAAGUGUAUCUAAAAGGUAAGGGCUGUUUUUUUCAGGUACCACAAAACCAUUAUCGAUCUAAAAACUACCACCAGUUUCUUCGUAGUGGCCAGCUAGUGUUCAAAUUUUACUGAUUGUCUCAAAAUUUGUUUGAAUAGUUUGGAGAAUAGAAUGGGUCUCCAUUUAAGAUUUAUGUCUUGUAUUUGGUUGUUCGCUCUCUCGCUUUUUUUAAAAUAUUUUAUUUUUAAGUGAUUUCUGCACCCAGCAUGGGGCUUAGCUCAUGACCCCAAGAGUAGGACUUGCACGCUCCACUCACUCACUGAGCCAGCCUGGCUCCCCUGGUUGAUAUAUCUCUUAAGUGUUUUUUAUCUGUAACUUCUUCUUUUUUCUUCUUCUUUCUUCUUCCCUUUUUUUUUUUUUUUUCUCUUUCCUUGUAAUAUGCUUGUUGAGGAAAAGAAAUCAGGUGAUUUGUCUUACAGAGUUUGUGUAGCCUGGAUUUGGAGAUUACCUAACUCUGUGCUCAUGUUUUACAUAUUCUUUCUGCUCCCGGUUUUCAUUAUAAAUUGUUAGUCGGAUCUAAAGCCUUGCUUAGUUUCUAGCUGGGCUUAGAUUUUGGAGGGCAGAGGUGUGAGAGUACUUACCAUGUGCUACAGUGUACAUCCGUAUAUACGCACAUCCUGCCUGUUGUCUCCUUCUCCGAUGUUAGCAGUGCGAUUGUGGUCCUGAUCCGUUAUUUCAUUAAGGGAUGCGAGCAGUACAUUCUGAUCAUUGCUCUUCAUUUCGUACCUCGAAGACUUUUUUCUUUUCAAUUUUAAUUCCAGUAUAGUUAACGUACAGUGUUGCAUUACCUUCAGAUGUAUGAUGUAGUGACCCAGCACUUCCGUACAUCACCCAUGCUCAUCAACGUGUAUUCUCCUCAUCCCCUCACCUGUUUCCCCCAUCCCCCCCAAGAUCUACCCACUUCCUGUCUGAUGACCCUCCGUUUGUUCUUUAAGAGAACAUCUGUUUUUUGGUUUGUCUCUUUUUUUUUCCUUUGUUCAGUGUUUGUGUUUCUUAAAUUCCACAUGAGUGAAAUCAUAUGAUAUUUGUCUUUCUCUGACUGGCUUAUUUUGCUCAGCAUAAUACC